AUGCCUUCUCAAAUAACUUGCUCAGAUAUACCCUCGUCUAUUUUAACACCCUCAACUAUACAAAUUACCAAAUUUUAUGUUGAUGCACCUGUGCGAACACCAUUCCAGCGCCGACGACAAUCAUCCUCAGCUUCUACCGAUAUGAAAAGAUACCUGCCAAAGAACCAUGGAAUAGUAAAAAGUGCUACAAUGCCUUUAAUUACAACCAAUUACUUUGACACAGUUAGGCUAUUGAACAGAUAUUCCCAAACAUUCAGAUGUCUUGAUGAUUGUUUAGCAGAAAACAUUCGACCAUGGUUGCCCUCUAGAAUAUCUGUUUCAUCAAAAUGGUCACUUGUUUAUAGCCUUGAUCAGCAUGGUGCAAGUUUAAAUACGUUAUAUAAUCGUACAUCUAAAAGUAAAGGUCCAUGUUUAAUGGUCAUUCAAGAUAACAACGAUGAGAUAUUUGGAGCGUAUCUAUCAGAAGGUGUUCACAUGGACACAAGCUGCUACGGAAACGGAGAAUGCUUCCUAUGGAAGCAAGAUAAACAUACAAAAAUAGUCCUUGUGUACCCAUGGACGAUGCUCAAUGACUAUUUAGUCUACUCUAAUGGGGAGUUUUUUGCGGUUGGAGGUGGUCAAGGCAAAUUUGGUCUAUGGUUACAUUCGGACUUAACACAUGGUCAUACUGAAUCAUGUGUCACCUUUAAUAAUCCUGCGUUGUCUAUUGAUUCUGCAUUUGAGUGUAUUGCUUUGGAGAUCUGGGACUUUCAGUAUUAA